AUCGCACAGUUUUCAGUGCCAUGCAAAUUAAUAUCUUACCGUUUUUAUUCACAUAUUUUAAAGUGAGAUUAUAAUAAAAAAUACUGCAAAUAAGGCAGUACUGUAUGAUUUUCUGAUAUUGGGAUGCAAUAGCUGUCUUCAAUGCGCCAUUUCUCUGCUAUCUUGUCAGAAUAUUUUUAGAAUUUAAAGAGAGAAUGCGGUUUCCUCAUUAAAGUUGUAUAGCCGCUAUCUUCAAUGCAACCAAAUUUGGUUUUGUAUAUUUUAUGCCAGUUUUAUCAUUGUGAAUGGCUCAAGGUUUUUAAAAACUAAAUAAAUAAAUUAUAAGUUUUACCAUUGUGAAUGGCUGAAAUGCAAAUUAAUCUCAAAAAUGAAAAUAAAAUUUUUUGUUUGUUUUUUAUUUGUUUGAUUUUUAAAACUUAAAGCUGAAUAAAUUAUUAUUGUUCAUAGAAAAAAAAGGAGAUGAGUCAGUAAAAUGUUCUUUAAUGCGGAAAAGAUAGGAUCGCAACACAAUUGCGCUAGCGUCAGGAGAUAUGUUGGCGCAGAGUUGCAUCGCGAAUGCUGUCUGUUUGCUUGAACAUCUGUUGUAGUUUGUUCGAUUCGCUUCUCUCUUAUGUUUGGAUAAACGAAGACAGCGAGUGUUCGUCACUCUUAGACUAAACGCAUAAUAAAGCGGAGAGUUUCUGGGCGAUAAAACAGCCAUAAAUUGUUAAGGAGUCGACAACAUGGACGAGUAAAAGAGUUUUAAUAAAUUUUCGCUUUGAUUAUUGUCCUUUCUAAAGAAUUUAAUUCAGUUCUCAUACAUUCCCAUACUUAAAGCAAUAUUGAAACACCAUGCGUUUCAAUACACUAACUAAUUUUUUAAUAUCUUAUAUCUCUUCUUGCAAGUUCUAAAUAAUAAUAUCGUAAUGCAAGCUAAAAUUUUAACAUUAAUACAUUUUAAUUAAAAUGUCUAUUUUUAUUACUAUUUUAAAUUAAAUAUUAUUACUUAUAUUCUAGGUAUAUAUCUUUAUGUGGAGCACAUUCUACAUUUGCAGGUACUUGGCAAUUUCACCAUUUCCUCCUUCAUCACGCCAUUCACCAACACAACCAAUUUACGAUAGGUGAAACUUUGUUUACAUUUUGGAAUAUCCUUCAGCGGCAAGGUACUAUUCUCUUCGCAUGGUCGGCCCUCAUUUUCGCACUCCUCUACCAAAAUACCUUGCUUGUGUUGUCCAUGUUGCACUAUCAACAACCAUUUCGAAUCCUCUGACUCAGCGCCCUUUGGAUAUAUAAUAUUUGUUCUACUAUUACAUGGCAACUUUCCAAAAUCCAUGCGGGUUGCCACCAUUUGUGCUGGUUCCAAAUCGUCUUUGAAAUAUUCCUUGAAUUUAGCAAAUUGUUCUGGGUCGAUUUUGUCUAGACGUGUAGCCUCCAUAUAAUUUUCAACCUCUUUACAAUAUGACUUUCCAGCUCUACGUUCGGCGCAAACAAUUUCGUCAUCCUCAAGUUCUUCUCUUGCUAUUCCUGUGUUGUAUACCAUAAUACCUUCGCCAACUUUAAAGAUACUCUGCAGUUUAUUGAUCACAUCUUUGGGUGCAUCGGCUUUAGGCAGUGGUCUGCCAUUGGUUUUUCGAAGCAUCAAGAAAAAUGCAACCAUUGUGAGCAAUAACGACAACUUUACAGACAUCUUAUUUGUUUUAAUAUAGAAAUGCUCUAAAUGUGAAAUUCUCUGGCUUACUUUUUUGAGUAAAAAAAACUUAAACUGUCUAUUCGCUUUCACUUCAGUGUUAAUGACUGAUGCCUCGAGCCCAUUUUUAGCUCAAUAUAUAGCUCGCUCUGAGGAGAAAAAUCUGCUGUUAUCGCGACUGCAGCGAGAAAAGUUUCCGCGAUUUUUUAGUAAGCAGAAUAGGAAAUUCCCGUGCAGUCAGGUAAAAAAGUUCGCGCGAUUAUUUCCGAAGCAGAUUAGGAAAUUCCGGUGGAGUUAAAAAAGGAUUUAAUUGUUUUGUUGUAAAACGAAUAAAAAGGUUCGUGCGAAUAUUUCGGAAGCAUUUCAUUGCUAUGCUGUAUGAAAGGUAUAAAGGGAAGUAUGGAUUUUUAUUUUCAAUUUCAGAUUGUAUACAUUAAAUUUAUGAAAAUCGGAAACUUUAGGUUUUCUAUUUAGUAAUGGCAUUCUAAAGACAAUUCCCAUAAUUGCAGGUGAUUUAUGUUUUGCAGGUGAUGAAAUAAUAUUUGUGAAGCUUAUCUGAAUUUUGUGGCAUAUUUAAAAUUUUAUUUUAAACCGAAAUUUAUCUUGCCGUACUUGUUUUUUCCCAUAACAAAUGACUGUAUAUACGGUCAUGCAAACACUAAAUCCAUAUGCAGUUAAGGUCAGAAAUGACAAUAUUUUCAGGUUUUUUUUUUGGAGAGGGGAGAACACAACGCAGUGCAUCAGCUGUCGUCGCACUCCUAAAGUAACCCAUAAUUUGGGAAAACCCAAUGGAAAUUACCUUAAGAUGUGUUUCGGAAAGGUUAAGGCACAAAGAGAAACUGUACAGGUACUGCACAUAUAAACUCGAAGUUUUCAGUCAUGUACACCUUACUCGGCCUUGUGUAUAUAUAUUGUGCUGGAAAUUUUAUUUUAGUGUUCAGUAGUCAACAAAAUUUUCAGCGGCGAAGACACAUCGUAUUAAAAUAAAAGUGAUAUUCAACAUCUAAAUUCCAAAAAUCAAUGAAGGCAAUGAAACUAACAUUUUUAUUAACAUUAACGGCGUUUUCGUUAUUGUUGAGAGUGCAAAAAACCAAUAGCAGACCACAAUCGCACGCUGAUCCGAAUGGGGCUAACGAUGUGCUUAGUAAAUUGGAUAGUAUCUUCAAAGUCGGUCCCGGUAUGAUGGUAUUCAGUACGCUACCCUCAGGCGCCCAUCCCAAUGAGGUUGUUGGCAAAGAUGACAACGGCGAGAAUAUUAUCUGCGCAGAACGCACUGCUGGGCAGUCAUACUGCACUGAUGUGCCAAAUUAUUUGGAAUCCUCACAGCUAGACAAGAUCGAUCCGCAGCAGUUUGAGCAAUUCAGUUCAUAUUUCAAAGACGAUUUCAUGCAACCCUUCAAUGUGACAAAUCGCAUGAACGAGGAGGCGGAGGAGAACUUUUGCAAUAGCAAAUCGCGCAUCAUUUAUCCGAAAAGUGUUGAAACAAAAGAGUCCAAAUGGGUGUUGGUAGUGCAGCAUGAACGCCAUAGACAGGGCGUGUUGGUGGAGCAGUGCGAAAAUGAGGGCAGUUCCUGUAAAUAUGAGGAUCUAAUGCCCAUUGGCGUCUCAUCCAAAUGCAAACAACACUAUGUCUAUAGAAGCUUGAUAGUAUUGGUGAAUGGUGUGUUGGUAGAGCGUAUGGUUAAAUUGCCAAAUUAUUGUGAAUGUGUUUUACGCUUUAAUUUAAGAAGGAAAUAUUGAAUUUUAUAUACAGUUAUUUAGUUUAGAUAGUUAUGUUUAUUAGUGUUACAUAUAUUUUAUAUACAGUUUUAUUUAAGCAAAAUAUAAAAAAUAUAUAUUAUA